UUGGGAUUAACAAAUGACCCAAAGGUAAACAUUUUAAUUUUUAUAUUUUUAUUUCUCACUUAUAUUUUGAGCAUUACUCAAAAUCUGACCAUUAACACUCAGAUAGAUUCACACCUCAAGAUGCCCAUGUACUUCUUCCUUCGAAAUUUCUCUUUCCUAGAAAUCACAUUUACAACAGUAUCCAUCCGUCGGUUCCCUGUGAGCAUUGUAACAGGGGAUAUGACCAUCUCCUAUAACUCUUGUAUGGCUCAGGUGUUCUUCUUCAUACUCCUGGGUUUGACAGAAUUUUUUCUUCUGACUGCUAUGUCCUAUGACCGAUAUGUGGCUAUAUGUAAGCCCUUGCAUUAUGCCACAAUAAUAAACAGCAGAGUCUGCAUUCGGCUCACAGUUAGCUCUUGGCUGGCUGGAUUUCUCAUCAUCUCUCCACCUGUGAUCAUGGGCCUUCAACUGGAUUUCUGUGACUCCAACAUCAUUAACCAUUUCACCUGUGACUCUUCCCCCGUGCUGCUCAUUUCUUGCACAGACACAGCCUUUCUGGAACUUUUGGCAUUCUUCCUAGCAGUACUCACCCUCAUGGUAACCUUCUCAUUAUUGAUUCUCUUCUACAUGUUCAUCCUUAGGACAAUUCUAAGAAUCCCCUCUGCAAAGCAAAGGAAAAAGGCCUUUUCUACCUGUUCUUCACACAUGAUUGUUGUGUCCAUUUCCUAUGGAAGCUGUAUAAUCAUGUAUGUCAAAACUUCAGUAAAGAAAGGCGUGGCUUUGACUAAGGGUAUAGCAGAGCUCAACACCUCUGUUGCCCCGAUGCUGAGUCCUUUUAUCUACUCCCUUAGAAACAAACAAGUAAAAGAAUACUUUAAGACCUUGGUCAAAAAAUGCAUUUCAAAUAAUAAUUAA